UCAAAUAGCAGCUGUGUUAAACAAUGUCCCAUGGCGAGGAUGUGCUAGAUAAUUGGGAAGAGCUUGACGAGGCGGCGCUCUCUAUGACUUUGCAAACCAAGCUGCAAACAAGCGAGGAAAAGCCCGUAAUGAAAAUGAAACUACUUCAGCGCCCGCAGAGCCUCCAGGACAGCAGCAGUGGCAGCCCGAGCAGUGCCCCCAGGCAAAUCACUAUUGCCAAGAAGCCCACGCCGCUCGAGGCGGCCCAGUCAGAUGGCGAACCAGUCUUGAUGGUGCUUCAUAAGUCGACAAACGACUAUGAUCCGGCUACCUAUGCCACGCCCACCAUCAAUCAGACCGUAAAAAUCCUGCGGCGUCCCGCCCAGGCCGAGGAGCGACGUGAUACGAAUGGCAUGAAACCCAAGCAGCCCAUCAAGACGCUAAAGCAGCGCGAGCAGGAGUAUGCAGAGGCCAGAUUGCGUAUUCUGGGAGCGGCCAAGAAUCCAGAGGAUGAUAAGCCACCAACACCACCAAUCCCAGUUUCACCACAACAGGAGCUUAUUCUCCGAUGA